UUACACAAUAAACCUAGAAGAUUCCUGAAUGAUGAAGUGGUACAGCAAGAGAAUGACAUGCUACUUCCAUAUGUCCUGGAUGUAAUAGCUGUACCUGAAGAAAUACACGAUUUUACAGAAGCAGUGUUUGAUUAUGACAUAGCUGAACUGCUCUCUGUAGCCAAAGAUCCAGAUAAUUUUAAUGGACAGCAGGUAAAUACUUAUAGAAGGCUUAGAGAGUAUGUCUCUAUUUCUCAAAAAAUCCAUAUGGCUAUGUUGAUUAAAUAUGAGUUACAAGGGUAUUCUCAUUAG